AUGGCCGAAUCUCCUCGGUUGAAUGUCCCAGUCAAGCCCGCAGCAACGCACGUCGAGGGGUCCGGCAUUCCCACCGACACGGGAAAAAUUCACGAUGGCGACGCAGCGUUGGCUUUGUUUGACAAUCUGGAGGACAUGCAUGAAACCUUCGAGCCAGGGGAGGAAAAGAAAUUGGUUCGCAAGAUAGACCUCAUGAUCCUACCAUUUCUAUCUGUUUGCUAUGCAUUCUAUUAUAUCGACAAAACGACGUUGUCCUACGCUGCAAUUUUCGGAAUUAAAGACGAUCUAAAAAUCUCUGGCACUGAGUACUCAUGGCUGUCAAGUGUCUUCUACUUUGGCUUCUUAUUUUGGUCCCUACCAACCAAUUUACUGAUGCAACGCUUUCCGAUUGGCAAAUAUCUUGGAGUCAAUAUUUUUCUUUGGGGAUUUUUCCUAAUGUUGCAGGCUGCUGCGAAGAAUUUUACACAGCUUGCAGUACUACGUGUCAUAUCAGGGGCGGCUGAGGCCUGCAGUGACCCGGCUUUCAUGUUGAUCACGAGCAUGUGGUAUACUCGACGACAGCAACCAAUCCGCAUCGGGUUGUGGUACACUGCCAAUGGCUUUGGCAUCGCAGUAGGCGGUCUUCUGGGCUACGGCAUCGGCCAGAUCAAUGGUGCCCUCUCAUCAUGGAAAUAUGAAUUCCUCAUCAUCGGCGCCCUGUGUGCCUGCUGGGGUAUCGUGAUGAUUAUUUUCCUUCCCAGCUCUCCAGUCACUGCACCUCAACUAUCCGACCGCGAAAAGCGACUAGCUGUUGAGCGACUGCGCGACAACCAAACUGGUAUCGAAAACAAGAAUCUCAAGCCGAAACAGAUUCUCGAAGCCGUUACAGAUUGGAAAGUGUGGGUAUUUUUCCUACUGGGAUUUUCGGGCAACAUUCCCAAUGGUGGUAUUUCCAACUUUGGUACAUUGAUUAUCAAGGGAUUUGGAUUCACAACCUUGGUCACUACAUUGAUGCAGAUCCCCUACGGUGCAUUCAUAUCCAUCAUGAUUCUCCUGGCGGUAUUCGUGAAUGACCGCCUACCUCGGAACAAUCGAUGCAUUGUUGCUAUUGUCUUCUUGCUUCCCAAUUUGGCUGGAUCAUUUGGUCUGCACUACGUACCGGAAUCAAACCAAGUCGGACGCUUGAUCUGCUACUAUUUGACGGGCUCAUACAACGCCUCUUUUGUGAUUAUUCUGUCUAUUCUGACAGGUAAUAUCGCCGGUCACACAAAAAAGGUAAUCACUAAUGCAAUGAUCUUCCUGGGAGUAUGCGCGGGCAAUAUUGCCGGUCCUUUCUUCUACAAGUCAGAACAAGCCCCCGUUUAUUCGCUGGGCAUCUGGUCAAUGAUUGUGGCCAAUUUUGUUGAGAUCGCUCUGAUCAUAGUUCUUGGACUUUCACUCGCUUGGGAGAAUCGACGUCGUGACCGGGCGCAGGGUGUUGCUCCAGGCGACGAUGCAGACUACAUGCGGCAGCUUGAGCUGGAUCGAUCUGCAUUCAGUGACCUGACGGACAAGGAGAACAUCAAUUUCCGAUAUCUAUACUAA